AUCAACUCUUUCUUACAUCACUAUUCCUAUUUCUCACUUUAUACCAAAGUACGUAGAGAUAUAUGGCUUUAAAAACAUGGAAGCCAUUCCUAACUGUUAUUUCUCUUCAAUUCGGAUACGCUGGACUAUCGAUCAUAGCGAAAUUCGCACUAGACCGAGGCAUGAGCCCUCACGUUCUAGCUGCAUAUCGCCAUAUCGUUGCCACAAUUUUCAUUGCUCCAUUUGCUUUUUUCUUGGAUAGAAAAGUGAGACCAAAGAUGACGCUGCCCAUCUUCUUCAAGAUAGCGUUGCUUGGGUUAUUGGAACCAACAAUUGAUCAGAACUUAUACUACACUGGAAUGAAGUACACCUCCGCAACUUUCACAGCUGCAAUGACCAAUGUUCUCCCUGCCUUUGCCUUUCUUAUGGCAUGGAUCUUCAGACUAGAGAAGGUUAACAUCAGGAAAGUACACAGCCAAGCCAAGAUUCUAGGGACAGUGGUGACAGUUGGUGGAGCAAUGCUUAUGACUGUUGUGAAAGGACCUUUAGUUCCAUUGCCUUGGGCUAAUCCUAACGAUAAUCAUCAAGACUCAUCUAAUCCCGGUGUCACACCAGAUCUUACAAAAGGCGCACUCCUCAUCGCUAUCGGUUGCAUCUGCUGGGCCGGUUUUGUCAAUCUCCAAGCGAUCACGAUUAAAUCGUACCCGGUAGAGCUGUCCUUGACGGCUUACAUAUGCUUAAUGGGAUCUAUUGAAAGCACUAUUGUGGCACUUUUUAUUGAAAGGGGAAAUCCUUCUGCUUGGGCUAUUCAACUGGAUUCCAAAUUACUAGCCGCUGUUUAUGGUGGAGUAAUAUGUUCAGGUGUUGGCUACUACGUUCAAGGAGUAAUAAUGAAAACUAGAGGACCAGUGUUUGUGACUGCCUUCAAUCCACUAAGCAUGGUCAUUGUUGCGAUUUUGGGUUCUAUAAUUCUUGCUGAGGUUAUGUACCUUGGACGGAUUCUUGGAGCAAUAGUGAUAGUUCUUGGACUCUAUUCGGUUUUGUGGGGCAAAAGCAAAGACGAACCAUCUAAUUCAUUUUCAGACAUGGACAUAGAGCUCCCACGUAGUACUCCACAAGUUGUGACAUUCUCGUUGAAAGCAAACACAGAAACGGACACCAUGAAUGCAAGUGUUGUGAACUCGAGGAAUAACACCAAUGAAUCAGUCUAAAAUAAACAAAGCACUAACGGCGAUUAUAAAAUAUAAUAAACGUAAACAAUAAGUCCGAUUUCGAAAUACCGGAUCGGUACUGAUUGGUAGAGUCAAGAGUGAAGAUGGUUAUCGUAUUGCUAAUUUUGGCUUUGUUAAAUUUUGUAUCCGGCUAAUAAUAUAUGAAAUGUUUUGCAUUAUUAAAAGUACUUUAUA